AUGAGUUUCUUCUCCGACAGCCGGUUAAACGCUCUUUCAGCAUGUUUAGGCAACGAUGCACUAAAGUCACUUAUUACACGGAUAUCACACAUGGUCAAAUCUCGUGUGGAAGUGCUCCAUCGCAACCUUGGGCCGUCCAGUAUAUGGAACCAAUCUGGCGAGGUUCCACGUCUCUCGUCGGAUAGAAGACGCCACCUUAUUGAUAUGUUUUUCGAAAAUAUUCAUCCCUUGCAUCCAUUUCUGGACCGUCACGAAUUUGAGAGCAGGGCAUUUGCGCCCACUUUGCAGGCUGAUCUUGCCAACGGUGUCUCGUGGACAGCUUUAUAUUAUACGGUAUUAGCUCUAGGUUGCGAAUUUGACGGUGGAGGCUCAUUCGCACCUGGCGAUGGGGAAGCCUGGAGUCUUUUCAAAGUGGCACUUGAUCUUUACCCGAGAGUCUUGCUACUAAACACAGAUCUACUAGAGGUCCAGGCCGUGUUCUGUCUUAAUUUGUCCGGCACACAGAUACAAGGAAAGAUCAUAUCUGAAGCGGCGCGCGUUGCCCAGCGAGCAUUCUUAAACAAAGCAUCUACGAGUAGCGACGCCAUAAUUCGUAGCCGAGCUUUCUGGGUGGUGUAUUACAUUGAAAAAACGGUCACUUUUCAUCAUGGAACCACUUCGUUUAUUGUAGACUGUGAUGUUGGCUCGCCCAUCCCUAUCGUCCAAGAGGCAGUGUUCGGUGAUUUUGACUGGUUUCUCACCUCAGUAAGGUUUGCAAGGCUCUAUUCGCGCACCUUCACCGACCUGUUCUCUAUAAGCGCAACGAAUAACUCAAAGACGGCAUAUCUUGCCAAGAUUAAUCAACUAGAGAGGCUUCUAGAACAGCAAUGUCAAACAAUUCCUCCUCAAUUUCGACCUGGCACCAAGCUGCGACCUCAAACAUUCUCGCAUCCAUGUGAAAUUGCGGCAGCUCUUCGGGUUCACUACCAUUAUCAUGAGCUCAAGAUUGCUCUUCACCGCUUGAAGCUUCACGUUACUCGCGACCAAUCCUCCUCCCAGUCUCCAGCAGACAUUAUCGAUAUGAUGAAGUCAGCACGUGCAGUGAUUGAUCUCACACGAGUCAUUUAUCAAGAGCCGUCCACCCCAUUCUUGUAG